AUGGAGAAGUUCGGGUAUUCAGUGGAGGCUAUACUGGGCCAAGAAAAUAUUCGCUUGCCUACACGAGCGCCGAUCACACUGGAGGAGGCGGAAUAG